AUGUUGUGCGCAAUUUCUGGCGAGGCUCCCCAGGUGCCGGUGGUGUCGCGCAAGAGUGGAAAUGUCUUCGAGAAACGUCUGGUGGAGGAGUAUAUUUCAGAGAAUGGAAAAGAGCCCAUCACAGGCGAGGAACAUACCUUGGAGGACCUUGUCGAAUUGAAAUCAGCUCACAUCGCCAGACCUCGACCGCCAACCCUUACCUCGAUCCCCUCGCUACUUGGAGUUUUCCAGGAAGAAUGGGAUGCCUUGGCCCUUGAAACGUUCACUCUUCGACAGACGCUUGCGCAGACGCGGCAAGAGCUUAGUACGGCACUGUACCAGCACGAUGCAGCUGUUCGUGUGAUUGCUAGACUACGAAAGGAGCGAGACGAAGCUAGAGAUGCACUUUCAAAGGUCUCAGUUGGAGCUAGCCGUGCUCCUGCGGCGGGAGAUGCGAUGCAGGUGGAUAGCACAGGUCUUCCGGAAGGUGUCAUUUCGAGAAUUGAAGAAACUCAAGAGAAACUUUCAAAGACUCGACGCAAACGGCCUAUCCCAGAAGACUGGGCUACCAGUGAAGCUAUUCAAGAGUUCAAACCUUCUAGCCCAUCCGAGCCCCUUUACCCCGGUGGACACUCUAUAUCAUUGAACUCCUCCGGCAAUCUAGCAUUGGUAGGAGGUGUUGACGGUGUUGCUGGCGUAUAUUCUCUCCCCGAAAAACGGGUUGUAGCCUCUCUAAAGGCUGGCAGUGGCUCGAUAACGGACUCUGCCUGGGUAGGGGACAAGGCUGUCAUCGCAACUACGACUGGUGCCGUAAAGGUCUUUGAAAAUGAAUCAGAGGUUGCCAGUUUCAGUGUCCAUGCCGGUACAGCUGAAGCUCUGGCUGUGCAUCCAACCGGUGACAUCAUUGCAUCCGUUGGUGUUGACAAGAGCUAUACCCUUUACGAUAUCUCGAGUUCCUCUGUCAUUACUCAAAUAUUCACAGACUCCGCUUUGUCAUGCGUUCAAUUCCAUCCCGAUGGCCACCUCCUAGCUGCCGGCGGAGCUGACGGCCAAAUCAAAAUAUUCGAUGUCAAGAGCGGUACUAGCGCAGCUGCCUUCGACAUGUCUGGCCCAAUUAAAGCGCUAUACUUCUCUGAAAACGGUACCUGGCUUGCUGCGGUGACGAAGGACUCCUCCGACAUAUCAGUCUGGGACCUCCGUAAAUCGAAUGUCGUGAAGGUCCUAGAAACCGGUAGCCGAGUCGACUCUAUCAGCUGGGACUACACAGGGCAGUUCCUGCUUACCGGCGGACCCAACGGACUUACCGUACAGCAGUAUUCCAAGGCCUCAAAGUCCUGGACGGAGCCACUGCGAAGUGCAGUGCCUUCCACCGCGGUUGCCUGGGGUCCCUCUGCCCAGAGCAUCUUGUCACUUAAUGGAGACGGCGUUAUUGUGUCAGUUAGUGCGCAGUGA